GCAACCCGGAAGCUGUGGUUGGCGAAGGGGGAGUGCUUCCGAGUGGGAGCGAGGUGACCCCGACUGCCGCUGGAAUCUGCGGCAACAGCAGCCAUGGGGGCGCACUUGGCCCGGCGCUACGUGACCGAUACCUCAGGGGAGCCCGACCCCCUGCGGAUGCCCACCUUCCCGCCCGACUACGGCUUCCCGGGGCGCAAGGAGCGCGAGAUGGUGGCCACGCAGCAGGAGAUGAACGACGCGCAGUUGGUGCUCAAGCAGCGGGACUACUGCGCCCAUCACCUCAUCCGGCUGCUCAAGUGCAAGCGCGACAGCUUCCCCAACUUCCUGGCCUGCAAGCACGAGCAGCACGACUGGGACCACUGCGAACACCUGGACUACGUGAUGCGCAUGAAGGAGUAUGAGAGGGAGCGGAGGCUGCUCCAGCGAAAGAACCGGCGGGAGCAGAGGGCAGCCGACCUGGCCCUGUAGUGGGCCCGCCCAACACCCUGUGGACCAGUGGAGAAAUAAAGGCCUCCAGGCCCUCAGCCUGA